GCUGCCUCUGUCACAUUCUUGGUCAGAAGAUACCAUUUCAGCUUUCAGCCAGCAUGAUAGAAACAUACAGCCAACCUUCUCCCAGAUCCGUGGCUACUGGGCUUCCAGCAAGCAUGAAGAUUUUUAUGUAUUUACUUACUGUUUUUCUUAUCACCCAGAUGAUUGGGUCGGUGCUUUUUGCUGUGUAUCUUCAUAGAAGAUUGGAUAAGGUAGAAGAGGAAGUAAACCUUCAUGAAGAUUUUGUAUUCAUAAAAAAGCUAAAGAGAUGCAACAAAGGAGAUGGAUCCUUAUCCUUGCUGAACUGUGAGGAGAUGAGAAGACAAUUUGAAGACCUUGUCAAGGAUAUAACGUUAAACAAAGAAGAGAAAAAGGAAAACAGCUUUGAAAUGCAAAGAGGUGAUGAGGAUCCUCAAAUUGCAGCACAUGUUGUAAGUGAAGCCAACAGUAAUGCAGCAUCUGUUCUACAGUGGGCCAAGAAAGGAUAUUAUACCAUGAAAAGCAACUUGGUAAUGCUCGAAAAUGGGAAACAGCUGACAGUUAAAAGAGAAGGACUCUAUUAUGUCUACACCCAAGUCACCUUCUGCUCUAAUCGGGAACCUUUGAGUCAACGUCCGUUCAUCGUCAGCCUCUUGCUGAAGCCCAGCAGUGGAUCUGAGAGAAUCUUACUCAGGGCAGCAAAUACCCACAGCUCCUCCAAGCUUUGCGAGCAGCAGUCCAUUCACUUGGGCGGAGUAUUUGAAUUACAAACAGGUGCUUCUCUGUUUGUCAAUGUGACUGAAGCAAGCCAAGUGAUCCACAAAAUUGGCUUCUCAUCUUUUGGCUUACUCAAACUCUGAACAGUGUGCUGUCCUAGGCUGCAGCAGGGUGGAUGCUGGCAGUCUUCCCUAUACAGCAAAUCAGUUAGGACCUGCCCUGUGUUGAACUGCCUAUUUAUAACCCUAGGACUCUCCUCAUGGAGAACUAUUUAUUUGUACCCCGCAAGGCACAUAGAGCUGGAAUAAGAGAAUUACAGGACAGGCAAAAUCCUAACGGACCCUUCUCCCUAAGAACUUAACAAUCUGAAACAGCAACCCCACUGAUGCAGACAACCAUAGAGCCCUAGGAAAAGACAAAGCCAUAAUGCACAGAUGACAGAACUCUGAUGAAACAGGAGUUAACGAACCAAGCUCAGUUUUGUUUUUGUUUUUUUUUUAUGGGUGUGUCAUUAAAUGGACAGUGUACUUGUCUUACUGGGAAAGAUGCAGAAGGGCAACUGUGAGCCUUAGCUCAUAAUCUGCUAUGGUUGACUUGGGGUCCCUAUGGCCCCAGCAGG